GGAUCAUCAGCUGAAUCUAUAGCUGCUCUGGCCAAAGUUGAUACUGUUAAGCAGAUAAUGGAAGCUGCUUAUGAGACAUUGCAGGAUGCUGCUGGGUUAACUCAAUUAAGUUCAACUGUGGAAGAUGUUUUUGCCAGUGGUGAUCUUCCAAGGGCUGCAGAAACCUUAGCUAACAUGAGGCAUUGCUUGUCUGCUGUUGGGGAGGUUGCUGAAUUUGCUAAUGUGAGAAAGCAACUCGAGGUCCUAGAGGAUAGGCUAGAUGCAAUGGUGCAGCCACGUUUAACAGGAUCUAUUAUCAUCCUGCAGAUAGACAUUGCUCAAAAUUUGCGAGGUAUUCUCAUUCGAAUUGGAAGAUUCAAAUCACUGGAGCUACAUUACACAAAAGUUCACCUAAAGCCCAUAAAGCAGCUCUGGGAAGAUUUCGAUUCAAAACAACGUGCUAUUAAGCUUGCAAAUGAGAAGACUGAAGCUAAAAGGUUGUCAAGCCAUGAGUUUCAAUCAAGUUCUUCGACAAUUUCAUUCGCAAGUUGGUUGCCAAGCUUCUAUGAUGAGUUGAUUCUUUAUCUUGAGCAAGAGUGGAAGUGGUGUAUGGUUGCUUUUCCUGAGGAUUAUAAAACUCUUGUACCAAAGCUACUGAUCGAGACAAUGGCAACUAUUGGAGCAAGCUUUAUUUCACGUAUCAACCUUUCAAUUGGAGAAGUUGUUCCUGAAACAAGAGCUUUGGGAAAAGGUUUAUUAGAUAUUAUGUUUGGUGACAUGCCAAAGGGAAUUAAGAUUCAGAGGAAACAUUUGGAGGCAUUGAUUGAGUUACACAACGUGACACAGACUUUUGCUAGAAAUAUUCAGCAUUCCUUUUCAGAUUCUGAUCUUCGAGUUCUAAUGGAUACACUGAAGGCAGUGUACUCUCCCUUUGAAUCAUUUAAACAAAGGUAUGGACAGAUGGAGCGGGCCAUCCUUUCUUCUGAAAUUACUGGGGUGGAUCUCAGGGGAGCUGUUACUCGUGGUGUGGGUGCCCAGGGGAUUGAACUCAGUGAAGCAAUUCGCAAAAUGGAGGAAUCUAUUCCCCAUAUCAUUAUACUUCUUGAGGCAGUUGUAGAAAGGUGUAUCAACUUUACUGGUGGUUCUGAGGCAGAUGAACUAAUUCUUGCUCUUGAUGACAUAAUGUUACAAUAUAUCUCUGCUUUACAAGAGACACUAAGAUCAUUAAGAGUGGUCUGUGGAGUAGACCAUGAUGGUGUUGGUUCAAAGAAAGAGAUGGGAUCAGACAAGAGAGAUGGCAACACUGCACGAAAAGUUGAAUUGAUUUCAAAUGAGGAGGAAUGGUCCAUUGUUCAAGGGGCUUUGCAGAUCCUCACAGUUUCAGACUGAUGUGUUGUAAAUCAUUAAAGCAGAAAGGCAGAAAGAGACCAUGGCUUCUCCUUCUCCUUCUCACCUCACAGCUAUCCCACAACGCAUCUCAAAACCCUCCAUUUCCCACUGUAAGUAAAUCUCUCUCUUUCUCUCUGUAUAUAUAAUAUAUAUAUAUAUGUAUAUAUAUA